CGGGAGAUCUCGCGAUGACUUCAUGGUUGCUAAGCAACUCAGGCGAGCGUUUGGUUCGCCUGGUGAAGGAGCUAAAUCAAAACAGCUAACAGCUAACAGUGAAAACUGCUAACAGCGAACACAGAAAACAACCCGACCUGCAGAUUCACAGCUGAAGAUUGAAGCAUCAGUGGAUUCCAGAACUACACUAUCAGAACACAAUGGCGGGUCAGAGGCCCGUGAGCCGCGGGUCAUUCAGCACUGGACGCCCACCGACGGCCCUCAGAGUCAGCACUGCGGCCCCGGGCACCGGCCGGCCCGGCAGCAGAGCAGGACCCAUGGCCGCCGCAGGGGUUCUGUCAGCACAGAUUCGAGUGGCGGAUCGGCCCGUGACUCAGCAGGGCCUCAGCGGGAUGAAGACCGGCGGGAAAGGACCUCAGAGGCAGAUUCUGGAUAAGUCAUAUUACCUUGGGUUAUUACGGAGUAAAAUAAAUGAGCUGACGAUGGAGUCGACUAAACUACAGAAGGACAUCGACACCUUCGGUCAGGAGAACUCUGUGUUCCUGUCCUAUGAGAAACGAGCAGAAGUCCUAGCUGGAGAAAUUAAAGAUCUUCAAGGCCAGCUGGCAGAUUACAACAUGCUGGUUGACAAGCUGAACACUAAUACUGAGAUGGAUGAAGUCGUGAACGACAUCAUCAUGCUGAAAGCUCAGAAUGACAGAGAAGCCCAGAGUAUGGACGUGAUCUUCACCGAGAGAAGAGAGAAAGAGGAUCUGAUCCGCGCCGUGGAGGAUAAUAUAGUCCAGGAGAAACAGGCGGCCCAAGACAUCGUCAAGAAGAUGAGUGCGGAGAAACAGGCCAAGUACACUGAGAGGAAGGCCACCAAUGAAGAGCUGCUGCAGGAGCUGAACUCCCAUCAGGAGGAACUGGACGCUCUGAUGAGUCGGAAGGAGACGUUUGAGGCGGAUCUGGUUCACUCUCAGGCUAAACAGGAGGCAGUCGUGCUUCAUGAGAAGCUCCUGGAUCUGGAGAACCGCAGAGACGCCCUGCUGACUGAAGACCGGAACAUGGGCUCUCCACAAGAGGAGAGGGAACGCCUCUUUAAACAGGUGAAAGAAAACAACCAGGAAAUAGCCAGCAUGGAACGGCAACUGUCAGAGGUACGUGAGAAAAUUAGCAAUCUCACCGAAGAGAUGCGGCAACUAGACGCUGACAUGGAGGAACAUCAAGGGGAACGAACUCAGAAGUACAAGGAGCUGCAGAAGAGAGAGGAGGAGAUGGACUCGUAUUUAAACACGUUUGAGGAGAAUAAAAGUCAGGAGCAGCAGCUGAUCAGAGAUUCUCAGAGCAGUGUCGUGGCUUUACUGGAGCACUCCAGCAGGAACAUCAGUCGUCUGCAUCAGCUGUCCGCUGUCACAGCGCAGGAGCUUCGGUCCAUGCAGGACGAUCUGAGCUUCAAGGAGACGGAGAUGCAGAAGUCCCACAGCACCGCCAGAGGCCUCUCCUCGGAGAGUGAGCGUCUGCAGCAGGACCUGCUGAAAGUGGAGCAGCUGGAGAGUAAGGUGAGCUCAGACCUGCAGACUCUGAGAGAUCAGCUGGAGCUCAUGAAGCGAGAGCUGCACACGUACCGGGACCUGCAGGCCCUCACCGCGGCCGGAGAGCAGCGCAAGAAGAGGCUGCAGGAGGAUCGGGUGACGCUCACUCAGAGGAAGGACACGAUCAGGAAGACGAUACACAACAUGAGCGAGGAGUACGAGUCUCUUAAACAGCAGUUGCAGGAGAACGAGACGCAUGUGGAGCUCACCAAUAUGGAGAGGAAAUGGCAACAUCUGGAGCAGAACAACUUUGUGAUGAAAGAAUUCAUCGCCUCGAAAGCUGUCGAGAGCGAUUACCGGCCAGUGGUGAAGACUGUCAACAAACAUCUGCAGGAGUACAACAAGAUUCUGGUGGAUACCCUACAGGGGACGAGAAACUGACUUCUGUUGAAGAGGACCCUGCGUUCGGCAUUCUGAAGAUUACUGUGUUUGAUUAUAGUGUGUAAUUCAUCUGAUUGUUUUUCUACAGUAAAAAACUGCUUUUAA